GCAAAAUAUGCCGUUUAGUUGCUUAUAAUGGGCUGAUAUUGUUUAAGCAUAGCUUCCGACACACCUAACAACUGAUAGAUAUGGCUCUUUCCAGGGAAGAGGCUGAAAUAGUGUAUAAGCUAUGCUUAGAGAACGACGGCAUAUUUACGGAAGAGAUUUUCGGCCGACACAUCGCAAAGUUCAGGCACUCGAUACAACAUGGUCUAGUGUCCAACUCCCUUGACUUCAUCAAUUUCUUGAAACUACUAAAAGGUUCCAGGAAUUAUAGCUUCCAUCAAGAUGCUGAGGGACGGAAAUACGUUAAAUUACGUGACAGUGUCUCAAGACAGCAAGUUUCACGGCUACAUGAUCUUGAGUAUGCCGUAUUUUGCGCAAUAGAAACUGCUGGAGAUCGUGGUAUAUGGACUGCUGACAUUAAGAAGAUAUGCGAGAUCACUGGCAAUCAGUUGACUAGAUCAUUGAAGGUGUUGCUUGAGCAGCACGGUUUGGUAAAGCAGGUAACCAACGUUCACCAGAAGAGCCGUAAACUUUAUAUGCUAUUUAACGUGAAACCUGCUAGAGAGCUUACUGGAGGAUCGUUCUACUUUAAUGGCGAGUUUAAUGAAAUGCUUGUUGAGCAUAUACAAGAGCAAGUUGGAGCUUAUCUGGCAAAGUACCAGGGAUCUUCUCUUUCUCAAAUUACUAACUUCCUAAAAACAUCUGACAAAAUCAGCGGGGAAGUUUUAGAAGAGGAUGUGCUAUCGAUCAUACAAAUAUUGAUUUUAGAAGAAAAGGUGUAUAGUGCACCAACAGCAUCUGGCGACAGUAUAUAUAUCUGGGCUGGUAGCGCCAACGUGAACUUUGCCAGCAAGGCCUUUGGUGCUCCAUGCUUCAAGUGUGACGUGGCAAUGUCAUGUCACUUGGGUAAAGAGAAUGAAUUAUGCCCAUCCAAAUGCACAUAUCUUAACCAGUGGUUAGGAUAAGUGCAACGUAGUUACUAGAUGUUAACAACACAUACCGUGGCAUAUAGUCAUCAACU